UAACCAUGAAGCAGUCUUUCUUUCUCAGUUAUUAACAGUUGAAGUAAAAUGAUUAAACUUUCUCUCUUUGUCCUGCUGGCAGCUUCCUGUACAGCCGUUCCUCUUUUGAGCGAAGUGGAACCAUUCAUUACCAAUGGCGAGCUGGCUGAGGCGGGCCAGUUUCCAUACCAGGCGGGUUUGAAUGUCUCCUUUGGAAAUUGGAGCACCUGGUGUGGUGGCACUUUGAUCUCACAUUACUGGAUAAUCACAGCAGCUCAUUGCAUGGACGGAGCAGAAUCCGUAACAGUCUAUUUGGGAGCCAUAAACAUUCAUGAUGAGACUGAGGUGGGACAGAAGAGGAUUCUGGUGCAGAAAUCGGGUAUCAUUGUUCACUCAAACUACACGGCCAGCACGGUUGUAAACGACAUCUCGCUCAUUAGACUACCCACUUUUGUCACUUUCACCGACCGCAUCCGGGGGGCCAAUCUGCCACGUCGUAUAAACGGCAACUAUCCAACGUACGAGUCUGUGCGAGCCUUUGCAUCCGGCUGGGGACGUGAUAGUGAUGCCUCCGAAACGGUUUCGCCUGUGCUGAGGUACGUGGAAAUGCCAGUUAUGCCGCAAGCACUCUGCCGUAUGUACUGGAGCGGAGCUGUAACUGAGAAAAUGAUCUGCAUGAGCACCACUAGUGGCAAGUCCACCUGUCACGGUGAUUCUGGCGGUCCGCUCAUCUACAAGCAGGGCAACUCUAGCUAUCUGAUUGGAUCGACAUCCUUUGGAACUUCUAUGGGCUGCCAGGUGGGAUUCCCGGCUGUCUUCACCCGCAUCAGUAGCUAUUUGGAGUGGAUCCUGAAUCACUUAAUCUCCCAUGUAUAAAUGUAUAAAAAGUAUAUAAAAAAACUAAAAAUUGUAAGACUUCUUUAACUUUUAACUUUCUAAUAUCACAUACUAAUUCGAUUUAAAAAAGCCAUUUUGUAGAAAUUUAGAUUGAGAUUAAAAAAGGAAAAAAAAUGGCAUGCA